GCUCUAGCCCGCCGACGUCUCGCCGCCUCCAGCCCUCGCGCGGCCGCUCUAGCCCGCCGCCGUCUCGCCGCCUCCCGCCGCCAACAUCGGCCGCCGCGAACGCGUAGGUGCAGGCGCGGCGAGGCACGUCCCUUCCGGCUCUCCGUAGCGGGCGCGCUACCGCUUCCUGUCGCCGCGGCCCCCGGAUGCGCCGAGCGGAGCGGCGCCGUCUCGAGUCCCGCCGGGAGCCGGGAGAAGGCUAAGCUGACGAGGGCUUGACGAUGCACCAUGGCAGCGGCCCUCAGAACGUGCCCCACCAGCUGCCGCGGGCCAGGACCUUCGUGGGCGAGGACGAGCAGGCCCUCCCCGGGCUACCCCAGUCACCCGCCACGCCCUUUGUGCCGUCGGCGAGCCCCUCCGCGCCCCAGUCCCCACCUUACCAAGUGCAGCAGCUGAUGAGCAGGAGCCCUGCGGCCGGGCAGAAUAUCACCCUGCAGGGGGUGGGGCCGGGGGUGGGCGCCAGCCCCCAGCUCUCGCUGGCACCGCUGCCCAGCCCCGCCUCGCCCAGCUUCCAGUUCAGCGGCCAGAAGCGCUUCGAGCACGGCUCGCCGUCCUACAUCCCAGUCACCUCACCGCUGCCCCAGCAGGUGCAGACCCAGAGCCCCACACAGCCCAGCCCGGGGCCGGGGCCGGGCCUACAGAGCGUGCGGGCGGGCGCCCCGGGCUUGGGCCUCUGCAGCGGCAGCCCCGGCGGGGGCUUUGUGGACGCCAGCGUGCUGGUGCGGCAGAUCAGCCUGAGCCCGCCUGGCGGUGGGCACUUCAUGCUGCAGGAUGGCUCGGGACUGGCCCAGAUGGCCCAGGGGGCCCAGGUGCAGCUGCCACACGCGGGCCCACCCAUCGCCGCCCGGGAGCACAGACUGUCCCAGCCCCACGUGCAGUCCGGAGGGACCGUCCACCACCUGGGACCCCAGAGCCCCGCGGCCACCGGCGGGGCCGGCCUGCAGCCCCUGGCCAGCCCCGGCCACAUCACCACGGCCAGCCUGCCUCCCCAGAUCAGCAGCAUCAUCCAGGGCCAGCUGAUCCAGCAGCAGCAGCAGCAGCAGGCGCUCACUCGGCCCCUGCUCCCUGGGGUCGGGGGCCCCCCAGCAUUUGGGAUGACGUCCCCGCCACCCCCCACCAGCCCCUCCAGGACCACGGUGCCCCCGGGCCUCUCUAGUCUUCCGCUCACUUCUGCGGGGAGCGCAGGGGUGCGGAAAGCCCCCAAGAAGCUGGAGGAGAUCCCCCCGGCCUCCCAGGAGCUGGCCCAGAUGAGGAAGCAGUGCCUGGACCACCACCGCCGAGAGAUGGAGGUGCUCAAGGAGGCCUUCAAGGAGUAUCUGAUCGAGCUCUUCUUCCUGCAGCACCUCCAGGGCAACAUGAUGGACUUCUUAGCCUUUAAGAAGAAGCACUAUGCCCCACUGCAGGCUUAUCUUAGGCAGAAUGAUCUGGACCUGGAGGAGGAGGAGGAGGAGGAAGAGGAGGAGGAGGAAGAGAAGGCUGAGGUUAUCAAUGAUGAGCCGCAAGCCCUCACAGGAACCCUGGUGACAGGGGCUGGAAGUGCACUAGAGACCGAGGCCUUUAAGAGGCAGCAGGCGGGACCCCCAGCAGAGCAGUCUAAGAGACCUCGGCUUGAAGCGGGUCACCAAGGGGUAGUUUUCCAGCACCCAGGGGUGAAUGCAGGAGUUCCUCUUCAGCAGUUAAUGCCGACAGUCCAAGGAGGGAUGCCCCCGGCACCCCAGGCCGCUCAGCUUGCCGGACAGAAGCAGAGUCAGCAGCAGUACGACCCCUCCACGGGCCCCCCGGUGCAGAACGCCGCCAGCCUGCACACGCCGCCCCCACAGCUCCCCAGCCGGCUGCCCCCCGCCGUGCCCCUCGCCCCCACACUGCAGUUCCCCCCGCAGCUGGUGGAGCCUCCAGCCCAGCUCCAGGUCCCGGCGAAGACCCAGCCGCCCGGCGCCCCCGGUCCCGCACCGCCUGGCAGCCAGCUCCCGGCUGCCCCUGCGCAGCCCCUGCCACCAGCCCUCCACGUCCCGCCGCCUGGGAAGGCUCAGAUGCAGGGCCCGCCACCCUCGGCCCCGCCACAGACAGCUUCAGCCAGGCCUGCCGGGGACCCCGCCCCGCUCUGCCCACGCCCACUGCCUGCCGUGGCCACCUCUGCCUCAUCCUCCCCUGCGUGUGGGCUGGGCCCAGGCUCCGUACCUGCUCGCAUCUCCCCGCUGAACAGACCCUCUUCAGCCACCAAGUCGCUGUCUCCUGUCACCUCCCGGUCCCCAGGGCUGACUCUGUCAGCACUCCAGAAACCACAGAGUCCAGCUCAGAAUGUGGGCUCUGCCCCAGAUAGCACUCAGGACAAGUUAUCAGAACAGAUUGCUCUGGAGAACCACACCCACCAGCGGAUAGCAGACCUGCGGAAAGAGGGGCUGUGGUCGCUGCGGCGGCUGCCCAGGCUGCAGGAGGCCCCGCGCCCCAAGUCACACUGGGACUACCUGCUGGAGGAGAUGCAGUGGCUGGCCACCGACUUCGCCCAGGAGCGCAGGUGGAAGGUGGCUGCUGCCAAGAAGCUUGUGAGGACAGUGGCGCGCCACCACGAAGAGAAGAGGCUUCGAGAGGAGAGAGGGAAGAAGGAGGAGCAGAGCCGACUAAGACGAAUCGCAGCCUCAGCGGCUCGAGAGAUCGAGUGCUUCUGGUCAAAUAUCGAGCAGGUGGUGGAAAUAAAGCUGCAAGUAGAGCUGGAAGAGAGAAGGAAAAAGGCCUUAAAUCUGCAGAGAGUCUGCAGGAGAGGAAGCCACAGGAGGCCUAAAGGACUUGAGCAGUUGCCAGAGAAUUUUCUGGACCCAGGCCUGUCUGGAAGGAAGAGAAAAGCCAGCGUGUCUUUCACUGAUGAUGAAGCAGAAGACGAGGAGGAGACCAUCGAGGCAGAAGAGGCACUGGAAGGACCUGUGGAUCACCAGUCGGAGCUGUCCCACUUAGCCAGAGAGGCGGAGUUGCCCUUGAUGGACCUGAUGAAGCUGUAUGAAGGUGCCUUCCUCCCCGGCUUCCAGUGGCCCCAGCCUGCUCCCGACAGCGAGGACACGAGUGAGGAAGAAGUUGUGGAAGACGUGCCGGGUGACCGUGAGAGUCGGAGGGAUGUGGUGCUCAUCGACUCCCUGUUCAUCAUGGACCAGCUCAAAGCAGCAGACAGAAUGAGUGUCGGGAAGCCACACACAAAGGACAUCGCAGAAGUGACCGCAGUGGCCGAAGCCAUCCUGCCCAAGGGCAGCGCGCGUAUCAGCACCACGGUGAAGCUGAGCGCCCCACCCCUGCUGUAUGGCGUGCUCAGAGACUACCAGAAGAUCGGCCUGGACUGGCUGGCCAAGCUGUACCGGAAGAAUCUCAACGGCAUAUUAGCAGAUGAAGCUGGACUUGGCAAAACGGUUCAGAUCAUUGCCUUCUUUGCCCACCUCGCCUGUAAUGAAGGUAACUGGGGGCCACACCUCGUCGUCGUGAGGAGCUGCAGCACCCUCAAGUGGGAGCUGGAGUUGAAGCGCUGGUGCCCGGGGCUCAAGACCCUCCUGUACACCGGCAGCCAGAGAGAGCUCAGGGCAAAGCGGCAGGAGUGGGCAGAGCCCGGCGGCUGCAACGUCUGCAUCACUUCCUACAAGCAGUUCUUCCGGGGCCGCACAGCCUUCACACGGGCUCGCUGGCAGUGCCUGGUCAUGGACGAGAUGCAGUGCGUGAAGGGCCUGGGCGAGCGCCACUGGGAGGCUGUGUUCUCCCUGCAGAGUCAGCAACGCCUGCUGCUCAUUGAUGCCCCCCUGCACAACACCUUUCUGGAGCUGUGGACCAUGGUGCACUUCCUCAUCCCUGGCAUCUCCAGGCCGUACCUGCACUUCCCCCUGAAGGCCCCCAGCGAGGAGAACCAGGACUAUUACCACAAAGUGGUCAUCCGUCUGCACCGGGAAGUGAGCUCACAGAGUGGACAGGGAGGGGUGUCCCAGGACAACCUUGGGGCCAUGCCCCUUGCCUUCCUUCCCGUGGUCUCCGUCUGCACUGUGAAGACAGCUGGCGGGCUGUUAGGGUCUUCCCUCCCGCUGGCGACACGGAGAGCGGGGCUGUGCACUCUGCUCAGGUUGUGGCCUCCCCCACUUCUUGGCCGGGGGGGGGGGCUUCCCGACGGUGGGGGCUGGGGCUGCUGCGGCAGUGCGUCGCAGCAGCUGUGCCGUGGUGCCCGCAGGACGCAGGAUGCCCUGAAGAGCGGGCACUUCGUGGAUGUGCUGAGCAUCCUGCUGCGGCUGCAGCGCAUCUGCAACCACCCGGGGCUUGUGGAGCCUCGGCUGCCCGAGUCCUCCUACAGCGCUCAGCCUCUGCGGUACCGCGCGGCCUCUCUCGUCCUCAAGGCUCUGGACAGAGACUCCUGGAUGGAGGCCGACCUCUCCAUGUUCGACCUCGUCAGCCUAGAGAGCACGAUGACCCACCGCGAGGCUGAAGCGCUACGCCAGAAGAAGGCGACCCGCAAGCUCAUGGAAGAGCUGUGCACAGCGCCACCCCCCGUGGCUCGGCCUACUGCCAUCAGGCUCAAGCCCAGCAGGUUGUUCCAGCCCGUGCAGUAUGGCCAGAAGCCCGAGGGCCGCACCGUGCCUUUCCCCAGCACACACCCACCCCGCACGGCAGCCUCGGCCACGGCCACUCCACAGGGCCACGUACGGGGACGGCCACCCAUCGCCACCUUCUCUGCAAACCCGGAUGUGAAAGCGGCCGCCGCCCCGUUUCAGACCUCUCAGGCCUCCAGUGCACCAAGACACCAGCCCGCCUCGGCCUUCAGCACAGCACCUAGCCCAGCCCAUCCUGCGAAACUGCGGGCGCAGACCACUGCCCCGGCCUCCGGCCCCGGCCCGCCCCUGCCCCAGCCCCAGGCCCCACACACGGCCGGGCAGGGCACACUGCCGCCACAGGGGCUGGUGCUCACCUCGCAGGCCCAGGCACGCCUGCCGAGUGGCGAGGUCGUCAGAAUAGCCCAGUUGGCUUCCCUCUCGGGACCAGCGAGCCGAGCGGCGCAGCCAGAGACCCCUGUGACACUGCAGUUCCAAGGGAACAAGUUCACCCUGUCCCACAGCCAGCUCCGGCAGCUCACCGCCGGCCAGCCACUGCAGCUGCAAGGCAGCGUUCUCCAGAUCGUGUCUGCCCCUGGACAGUCCUACCUGCGGCCGCCCGGCCCUAUAGUCAUGCAGACGGUGUCGCAGGCAGGUGCCCUGAACGCCCUGGGAAGCAAGCCUCCAGCCACUGGCCCCAGCCCUUCGCCUCUGGCCCCGCAAGUCGGUGUGCCUGGUCGGGGACCCAUGAACCCUGUGGCUACGGGAGAACCUGGAAUGGCCCCCAAGCCAGCCUCGCCCCUCGGAGGACCAACCCAGGAGGAGAAGGCCCGGCUCCUGAGAGAGCGGCUGGACCAGAUGUACCUGGUGAAUGAGCGGCGCUGCAUUCGAGCCCCCGUCUAUGGCAGGGACGUGCUGGGCCUCUGUGCCCAGGCUGCUGGAGAGAAGGCGCCCUGGCUCCAGGCUGCAGGCGGCUGGCAAGGCCUGGGAGACCUGAUCCUGACACUGAGUCAGCGCCAGGAGUCCCUGCAGGAUGUCAUCGACAGGGUGGUGUGUGUGAUCCCGCCGGUGGUGGCACUGCCCCCAUCUCUGUGGGUGGCAAGGCCACCCUCCCUCUACAGCCACCGGAUGCGGGUAUUCAGGCAGCGCCUGAGGGAACACCUGGCCCCCUAUGCCCAACAGCUGCGGCAGGUGACAGCGCUGCGCUUUCCGGAGCUCCGGCUGGUGCAGUUUGACUCAGGAAAGCUGGAGGCAUUAGCUCUCCUGCUGCAGAAGCUGAAAUCUGAGGGGCGCCGAGUGCUGAUCUUGUCACAGAUGGUGCUCAUGUUGGAUAUCUUAGAAACGUUCCUCAACUUCCACUAUCUCACCUAUGUAAGAAUUGAUGAGAACGCCAACAGCGAACAGCGGCAGGAACUGAUGAGGAGCUUCAACAGAGACAGGCGCAUUUUCUGUGCCAUCCUCUCCACGCACAGCCGUGCCACCGGUGUGAGCCUGGUGGAGGCCGACGCCGUGGUGUUCUACGACAACGACCUGAACCCCGUGAUGGACGCCAAGGCCCAGGAGUGGUGUGACAGGAUCGGCAGGCGCAAGGACGUGCACGUUUACCGUCUUGUGAGUGGCAAUUCCAUCGAAGAGAAGCUGCUGAAAAACGGAACCAAAGAUCUGAUCCGAGAAGUGGCUGCUCAGGGCAACGACUACUCCAUGGCGUUCCUGACACAGCGGACUAUCCAGGAGCUGUUUGAGGUGUACUCUCCCAUGGAUGAUGCCGGCUUCCCCGUGAAGGCUGAGGAGUUUGUAGUCCUCUCUCAGGAGCCUUCUGUCACAGAAACCAUCGCCCCCAAAAUUGCACGGCCUUUCAUAGAGGCUCUCAAGAGCAUCGAGUGUCUGGAGGAAGACGUGCAACAGCCCACAGGGGAGCUGGAGUCCGGGGCCUCGGACUCAGACUCGAACGGCUGCAGGUGGACAACAGAGCCCUCACAGCUGGAGGAGCUGGCUGGCUUCAUGGAGCAGCUUACACCAAUAGAAAAAUACGCUCUGAACUACCUGGAACUGUUUCAUAUGUCCCUUGAUGAUGAGAAGGAGAGAAGUCGGGAGGACACCGUGCUGAGUGCAGUGAGGGCGUGGGAGUCCCAGAACGCCAGGAGCCUGCGGGAGCGCGAAGCCCGGGUGUGGUGGGAACAGGAGCAGGAGGAGUUGCUCACCUACACUCGAGAAGAUGCCUACAGCACGGAGUACAUCUAUGAAGGUGCGGACGGACAGACAGAAGUCAUGCCGCUCUGGACGCCACCCACGCCCCCUCAGGAUGACAACGACAUCUACAUCGACUCUGUCAUGUGUCUCCUGUACGAGGCCACGCCCAUCCCCGAGUCCCAGCUGCCGCCCGUGUGUGUGAGGCAGGAGCGACGGCGGCUCAAGACAGACCCGCCAGCUGCAGGGAGGAAGAAGAAGCAGCGCCACGGGGAGGCGGUGGUGCCACCCCGCUCCCUGUUUGACCGGGCCACGCCGGGCAUGCUGAAGAUCCGGCGCGAGGGCAAGGAGCAGAAGAAGAACCUGCUGCUGAAGCAGCACGCGCAGUUCGCCAAGCCUCUGCCCACCUUCGCCAAGCCCACUGCUGAGCCCGGCGCAGACAACCCCGAGUGGCUCAUCAGCGAGGACUGGGCGCUGCUGCAGGCUGUCAAGCAGCUCCUGGAGCUGCCCCUGAACCUCACCAUCGUGUCCCCGGCCCACACACCCAACUGGGACCUGGUCAGUGACGUCGUCAACUCCUGCAGCCGCAUCUACCGCUCCUCCAAACAGUGCCGGCACCGCUAUGAGAGUGUGCUCAUCCCCAGAGAGGAGGGGAAGAGCAAGAGCAACCGGCCACUGCGCACAGGCCAGAUGUACGCCCAGGACGAGAGUGCCGCGCACACCCAGCUCUACAGCAGCCACUUCGACCUCAUGAAGAUGACGGCCGGCAAGAGGAGCCCCCCCAUCAAGCCCCUGCUUGGGAUGAAUCCCUUUCAGAAGAACCCCAAGCAUGCCUCUGUGCUGGCUGAGAGUGGGAUCAACUACGACAAGCCACUGCCGCCUAUCCAAGUGGCCUCCCUCCGGGCAGAGCGCAUCGCCAAGGAGAAAAAGGCAUUGGCUGACCAGCAGAAAGCGCAGCUACCCCCUGUGGCCCAGCCCCCACCGCCCCCUCCACCCCAGCCGCAGCCACCCCCACCCCAGCAGCCACCCCCGCCACUGCCCCAGCCACAGGCAGCGGGAGGCCAGCAGCCCCCGGGGCCACCCCCAGUGCAGCCGCAGCCGCAGCCCCAAGCACAGCCCGUGCAGCCCCCAGCCAAAGUGCCCUCCACGAUCACCACUGUGGGCAACACUGCUGUGCUGGCGGGAGCCAUCAAGACGUCAGUCACGGGGACCAGCAUGCCCACAGGCACUGUGAGUGGGAACGUGAUCGUGAACACCAUUGCAGGUGUCCCCGCUGCCACCUUCCAGUCCAUCAACAAGCGCCUGGCAUCGCCAGUGGCACCCGUGGCCCUGCCUACUUCCGGGGGGUCCACUCCUGCCCAGCUGGUCCACACACAGCCCCGAGCCGUAGGCUCCCCAGCCACAGCCACCCCAGACCUGGUGUCCCUGGCCCCGACGCAGAGUGUGCGGGCGGUCACGUCCGUGACAGCCUCGGCCGUGGUGACGACCAGCCUGACCCCGGUGCAGACCUCAACCCGAUCUCUGGUGACUCAGGUGUCCCAAGCUCCAGGGGUACAGCUCCCGGGGAAGACCAUCACGCCCGCACACUUCCAGCUGCUCCGGCAGCAGCAGCAGCAGCAGCAGCAGCAGCAGCAGCAGCAGCAGCAGCAGCAGCAGCAGCAGCAGCAGAGCCCACAGGUGCAAGUCCCGCAGAUCCAGGGCCAGGCCCCAUCCCCGGCGCAGAUCAAGGCCGUGGGCAAGCUGACGCCGGAGCACCUGAUGAAGAUGCAGAAGCAGAAGCUGCAGCUGCCCCCACAGGCGCCCCCGCCCUCGGCCCCCACCGGGCCCCCACAGCCCCCGGCGCAGGUGCAGCUGCAGCCUCCGCAGCCCCCGGCGCAACAGAGCCCCCAGCUCACCACCGUCACGGCCCCCAGGCCCGGAGCCCUGCUCACAGGCACCACCGUGGCCAACCUCCAGGUGGCACGACUCACCCGUGUGCCCACGUCCCAGAUGCAGGCCCAGGCUCCUCAGCCUGCCCAGGUAGCCCUGGCGAAGCCGCCCGUGGUGUCUGUGCCCGCAGCCGUGGUCUCCUCUCCUGGCGUCACCACCCUGCCCAUGAACGUGGCCGGCAUCAGCGUGGCCAUCGGGCAGCCACAGAAAGCCACAGGGCAAACCGUUGUGGCACAGCCUGUGCACGUCCAGCAGCUGCUGAAGCUCAAGCAGCAGGCGGUGCAGCAGCAGAAGGCCAUCCAGCCGCAGGCCGCCCCCGGCCCAGCCGCCGUCCAGCAGAAGAUCACGGCUCAGCAGAUUGCUGCUCAGGGCCAGCCCCAGAAGGUCACGUACACCACCCAGCCAGCUCUCAAGACUCAGUUCCUCACCACGCCCAUCUCGCAGGCCCAAAAGCUGGCCGGGACCCCGCAGGUGCAGACUCAGAUCCAGGUCGCAAAGCUCCCUCAAGUUGUGCAGCAGCAGAGCCCCGUGACCAGCAUCCAGCAGGUCGCCGCCUCCCAACAGGCCUCCCCGCAGACCGUGACGCUCACGCAGGCCACGGCGGCCGGCCAGCAGGUGCAGGUGAUCCCCGCGGUGACGGCCACAGCGCAGGUGGUGCAGCAGAAGCUCCUGCAGCAGCAGGUGGUGACGACGGCGGCCCAGCUUCAGACUCCCGGCGUGCCCAACCCCAGCCAGGUGCCGGCCGGCUCCGACAGCCCUGGCCAGCAACCCAAGCUCCAGAUGCGAGUCCCUGCCGUGCGUCUGAAGACGCCUACCAAGCCUCCGUGCCCCUAGCCAGCAGGCAGCCUGCAUGUCCCUCCGUCUGCCGGAACGGGGUAGCCUUUAUUUGUUCUUGACCCUUGGUUG